UCAGCAUUUCUUGCAACACAUACAUAGUUACAUUACUUGUCUACUUGUACGACAUAAUUUGUAAGAAGAUAUCAUGGGGCUUCAUGGAAAGCUGGUUACCCAAAUAAGCAUCAAGGCCGACGGAGAUAUCUUCUUUCAUCUGUUCAAACACAAACUUCACCACAUCACAAACAUCUGCCCCCAAAUGGUUCAAAGUGUUAAGUUGAUUGCUGGGCAGUGGGGAACUGUUGGUUCUGUCAUCUCCUGGAAGUACACCCAAGAUGGGGCUUCUUUUACUGCAAAGGAGAUAAUUGAGGCCGUGGACGAGGAAAAGAGAUCAAUCACGUACAAACUGAUUGAAGGAGAUCUGAUGGCGGCGUACAACACAUUCAAACUCAGUUUCAGUAUUGACAGCAAGGGGGAAUUAGACAACGUGGUGACAUGGACCAUAGAGUACGAGAAGAAGAAUGAGUCUGUGCCUGAACCCUCGACGUUCCUGGAUAUCUGCCGCAGUGCUACCCAAGAAAUUGAGCGCCACUACAUUCUCGUCCCUAAUUAAACAUAUAUAUAAAUACUUUGAUGCAAUGUCCAUCUACACCUUAAUGUCAUUGCCAUAUAUAUAUCUACUCCAGCUGGGACAUAAAUAAAUUAUGUACUGUGUGAUUAAUGAAUAAUUCCCACCUUAUUUUCUUUGUUGUAAGUUUGAUCACGUCGCAAUUAUGUGUGGACGAGUUGGAUUAUCGAGUGGGUGUAAGACCACAAAUAUUAAUACAUAUACAGGGUUUAAUUAAA